AUGAACCGAACUGUCUUCGAUCAACGAUCAACCCAUACAGCCCGCAAUGCCAGUGUGGCCACCGAUACUUCCGCGACUACGCAGGCCACCCGUCAGCGCGGACGGCGCGGCCCAGCACUUCCGCUGGACCAGCAAUACAAUGAUCCCUUGCGCGUACAUGUUUGGUAUAGUAAGCGCCGUAUCUGGAGCCGCUCCGAUCUCGAGCGUGAACGUCGCGAAUUUUUCGAAACCAGAGUGACCGGGCGACCCGAAAUAUGGGCCGCCCUAGAAACAGCCCUCACGAUCAUGCGUGGCGGCGACCUAGCCACGGCGCAAAGUAUCAUUGAUGCUGCAGGGGUGACAAUUCCCACUGGGGAUCUGUGCGAGGGCUGUUACGACGAACAGGGCGUCUUGUACCGCCUUCCACAAUGCAUUGUCAGCGAUCCUGAGAACAUGGCGCAGACGACUUCGUCCGGCGCAGACGAUGCCAUACGAGCCAUCGAGACGACACAAGAUGAUGGCGAUUUGGAUGUCUUACCUGAUGGGAAACCAGUGACGGAGGACGCUUCCGGUGACGAACUGAUGGCCGACGACCUGGAACGACGAAGGGAUGAAAAGGGCAAAACGAGCGAACGGGAUCUUGUCCGUGUUCAAGCGCGACUGAGUGAUCGUGGUGGACCCGACCUGACUCUGACAAUUGGCAAGAGCCAGAGUGUGGGCUUCCUGAUUCGGAAGAUUCAGCAGGAUGCAGGCGUCCCCGAUGACAAUCGUGUGCGUAUCGUUCACUUAGGUCAAAUACUUUCGGAGCACAAAUCAUUGAUGGCGCAAGGCUGGCAGCAAGGCCACGUAAUCAACGCGUUUAUUGUCCCUCGCGGUCCUGACUCUUCCUAG